AUGAUUUUAAUAUUUUUAAAAUUGAUUGCAUGUAUUGAUAAUGAAAUAAUUAAUGUAAAAAAUGAAAUAUCAUCUGUAAAUAAUAACAAUACUAAUGAGGUUCUUAUAGAAAACAAUACUAUAUUAUCUAAAACAGAAGAUGAAUUAGAAGAUGAAAUUAAAGAAAAGCAAUUGAAUGUAAAGAAAAAUAAAAAAAGUUCAUUCUUUAAAAUUUAUAGAAUUCUUUUUUUAAAUUACACCGUAAUAAUUUAA